AUGCCGCAUACGCCGUUGGACUUCAAGAGGGUCGAAACCUUGAAGGUCUUCUACCUGGAGCAGCUGGAAUACCAAAACAUGAUGAUGCGGAGGUUCGUCAAACUUUGCGAUGAUCAUGGCCUUUCUGAGAAGAAGGUGACGAAGAAGCUUGCAAGCGAAAAGGCCGAAGCCCCACAUGGGACCGACAACUUUGAGUUUCUCCUGAACUUUUUGGCCGCCUUGGUCCAUGUAGCUGGCAAAAAGCCGAUGGUGAAACGUGCCAAGUACAAGUACCAGUACAAGGCGAACUCGCUCUACUGUGCAUGUGCCUGGGCGGAAGAAGAAGCCAAAGUUCAGCGUGAGAUGGUGAGCUACGUGAACAACUUGCCCAACAUGGUGAUCCUGAAAGAUAUUGUCAUGGAGUACAAGGAAGAGGAGCUGGAGGAUGACCCUGAAGUCUCGGAUGGAUAUGAGGGAGAGGGGCAGGAAGAAGAAGGGCCUGAAAGCCCGGAGGAUUCAUGCACAGAAGAGGAGGAGGAGAAGAAAACAAAAGAGGAUGAAGGCAAGGAUCCGAUCAAGGAGGCCACAAAGGAGGAGGAUCCAGAAACAAAGGAGCAUAUGUGCAGCAAGACCAAGGAUUCGAUGGAUGAUCAGGCCGAGGAGGAGGAGGAACGAUCCAUGAAGGACAAGGAGAACCAAAAUGGGAUCGAAGAGGAUUCGCUGCACCAGGAAAAGGAGGAGGACAACAAGAAAGAGAUCAGGGAAGAGACUGACAGCGCGAAGCAGGCAAAGAAUGAUUUCAGUGAGAAGCCGUUGGCAACGAGAGGGCACAAAAAUGAGAGCAGCCCAGCAAAGGUCAGCAGAACCAAGGCUGUACCGACGGAGAAAGAAGAGGCCAAGAAGACAAAGAAGAAAGCUGAAGCAGAGGGAGGAAAGGAAGAGACCCCCGCGAAGAAGAAAGACAAAGGACGGACCCCUCAGAUCCUCAAAGCAGAAGAAGAGAAGCCAAAGCCAAACGAAGAAAGAACAGCAAAGAGAGGCCGAAGUGAAGAUCGCAAGAGCAAGCCCGCUAAGGAGCCCCCCGAGGAAACGCAAUCGCGAGCUCGAGGAAAAGAAGAUGACGAAAGGUGGACUGGGCGAGGAGGCGGUGCCUCCAAAAGCCUCUAA